AUGAGCGCCGCCGCGCACUCGCCUGUGAUGCAGGCGGCGUCCGGCAGCGGCGACCGCGCCCCGCUGCCCCCCGGCUGGGAGAUCAAGGUGGACCCGCAGACCGGCUGGCCCUUCUUCGUGGACCACAACAGCCGCACCACCACGUGGAACGACCCGCGCGCGCCCCCCGAGGGCCCCAAGGAAACUCCGUCCUCUGCAAAUGGCCCCUCCCGGGAGGGCCCCCGGCUGCUGCCCGCCAGGGAGGGCCACGUGGUGUACCCGCAGCUCCGGCCGGGCUACAUUGCCAUUCCCGUCCUGCACGAAGGCGCCGAGAGCCGGCCGCCGCACCACUUCUUCGCUGCCCCUCAGCCCGGCGCCCAGCGGUUCCGCACCGAGGCGGCCCCGGCCCCGCAGCGGUCCCAGUCCCCCCUGCAGGCCGCGGAGGCCGCCCCGCCGGACAAGCCGGGCGCACAGGCGGGAGCAGCUGCGGCAGCCCAGCCCCCCGCCGCCCACAGGCCCGAGCGAUCCCAGUCUCCGGCCACCUCGGACUGCUCGUCCUCGUCCUCCUCGGCCAGCCUGCCGCCCCCCUCCGGCAGGAGCAGCCUGGGCAGCCACCCGCUCCCGCGGGGCUACAUCCCCAUCCCCGUGAUCCACGAGCAGAACGCCGCCCGGCCGGCCGCCCAGGCCUUCCACCAGGCCCAGAAGACCCAUCUCCCCGCCCCGCAGGGCGAGUACCAGACCCACCAGCCGGUGUUCCACAAGGUGCAGGGGGACGAGGGGGAGCCCCGGCGGGCCGCCUCCCCGCUCCGGCCGCCUGUCCUGGGUGCGGCCAGCCGGGAGAGCUCUCCGGCCAGGGGCGGCACCCCCCUGCACUCCCCGGCGCCCAUGCGCGUGCACACCGUGGUCAACAGGCCUCAGCAGCCCAUGACCCAUCGAGAAGCUUCGUUUGUCCCACAGCCUGAAAACAGACCGGAAAGCAGGCCCAGCCCGGCGGGUUCAGACCUCCCUGCUGGACACAUCCCCAUCCAGGUGAUCCGGAAGGAGCCGGACUCCCAGCCUGCUGCUCAGAAGCCCCCGCCGCCUUCGGAGAAGGUGGAAGUAAAGGUUCCUCCUGCCCCGGCCCCCAGCCCCGCUCCCAGCCCCGCUCCGGCCCCCAGCCCCGCCCCUGCCGCCGGCCCCGCGUCCCCCAAGAAUGUGGCGGCAGCCCCCGGCCCUGCCCCAGCAGAAGCCACCCCCCAGAAGCCAGGGGCAGCUGCGGCCCCCCCCAAACACCCCGGCGUGCUGAAAGUGGAAGCCAUCCUGCAGAAGGUGCAGGGGCUGGAGCAGGCUGUGGACAGCUUCGAAGGCAAGAAGACGGACAAAAAGUACCUGAUGAUCGAAGAGUAUUUGACCAAAGAGCUGCUGGCUCUGGAUUCGGUAGACCCUGAAGGUCGCGCUGACGUCCGUCAGGCCAGGCGAGAUGGCGUCAGGAAGGUGCAGACCAUCCUGGAAAAACUUGAACAGAAGGCGAUCGAUGUCCCAGGUCAGGUCCAGGUUUAUGAAUUCCAGCCCAGCUCCCUUGAAGGCGACCCGCCGCUGCAGGAAAUCAUGGGCGCCGUGGCCGCAGACCCGGGAAAGAAAAGCGCCCGAGAAGGGGAGGAGCCCAAAGCUGAAGCCCAGCAGCCAGAUGCCAAAGCAGCGGCCGCUCCGAACCCUGGCAGCACGGCAGAUCCCGCUGGCGACCCAGCACCACCAUCUCAGUAA